AGAUCCUCUUCCUCCCUUCCUCGUUUCUUCCUUUUCUUUUCUACUUAUUCCUCAUCACUUUCUCUGCUUUCUGUUAUCUCCGUCUCUCUCUCUCUCUAACAAGGAAGUUUCAGUAAUGGCAGACAUUAGCCACCCUCCUAUGGAACAACUUCAAGACCUUGAGUACUGCAUAGACUCUAACCCUCCUUGGGCUGAAACCAUCAUAUUGGCAUUUCAAAACUACAUAUUGAUGUUGGGUACAAGUGUAAUGAUCCCUUCCUUGCUUGUUCCUGCAAUGGGUGGCAGUCAUGAGGAUAAAGGACUGGUCAUACAGACCCUGCUUUUUGUAGCUGGCAUUAAUACACUUCUGCAAGCACUUUUCGGAACCAGGUUGCCUACAGUAAUAGGAGGUUCCUUUGCUUAUGUCAUUCCCAUAGCUUAUAUAAUAAGUGACACCCCAUUGCAACAGAUUACUGAUCACCAUGAAAGAUUUAUACGAACAAUGCGGGCUAUACAGGGAGCUUUAAUUGUAGCCUCAAGCAUACAAAUCAUCCUGGGAUACAGCCAACUUUGGGGGCUCCUUUCAAGGUUUUUCAGUCCUCUGGGUAUGGCACCUGUAGUUGGAUUGGUUGGUUUCGGAUUGUUUCAACGAGGAUUUCCUGUAUUGGGAAAUUGCAUGGAAAUCGGAUUGCCAAUGCUGUUUUUGGUUAUUGGGUUGUCACAAUAUCUAAAGCAUGUAAAAAUCUUCAGAGAGCUGCCGAUAUUUGAACGAUUUCCAGUGUUGAUUUGCGUCACAAUAGUCUGGAUAUACUCCAUUAUUUUAACUGCCAGUGGGGCUUAUAUGGAUAAACCAAAUAGAACUCAACUUAGUUGCCGUACGGACAGAGCACAUCUUAUAUCUUCUGCUCCAUGGUUCAAGUUCCCUUAUCCUCUGCAGUGGGGCCCCCCUACUUUUUCGGCAGGUCAUUCAUUUGCAAUGAUGUCUGCUGUUAUUGUGUCUAUGGUUGAGUCAACUGGCGCAUACAAGGCAGCAUCUCGGUUGGCUAUUGCUACUCCACCUCCUGCAUAUGUAUUAAGCAGAGGGAUUGGCUGGCAGGGUAUUGGCCUGUUGCUUGAUGGUCUUUUUGGAACAGGAACUGGUUCCACUGUUUCUGUGGAAAUUUGGAGCUGUAUUUGCAUCCAUACCUUUCCCAAUAUUUGCUGCACUAUACUGCAUCCUCUUUGGCCUUGUUGGUAUGUCUUUUUACUUGUUUGUUUAUUUCUUAUCUUGUACUGGUUCAUGCAACAUAAACAUAUUAUCAACGAGUUUUUGGCUGUUUCAGCUUCUGUGGGACUAUCAUUUCUUCAAUUCACAAACAUGAAUUCAAUGAGAAACCUCAUGAUUACUGGUCUUUCUCUCUUCCUUGGGAUUUCAGUUCCCCAGUUUUUUAAUGAAUAUUGGAAUCCCACUCGAUCCGGUCUUGUUCAUACAAAUGCUGGAUGGUUCAAUGCAAUUAUGAAUACCAUAUUCUCAUCUCCGGCAACUGUAGGUUUGACAGUGGCAGUGUUUCUUGACAACACAUUAGAUGUGGGAAAAUCCGAGAAAGAUAGAGGAAUGCAAUGGUGGGUUAAGUUCAGAACAUUCAAAGGAGAUAAUAGAAAUGAAGAGUUCUACACUUUGCCAUUUAAUCUCGACAGAUUCUUUCCUCCUUCGUAGUGAUUGAGUAGAGAGUAGAGAUCAGCAGAAGUAACUAAAUUCCCAAGAAGCCAAAGCUAAUUUCAAUAUUGAUUAGACUCUCUACACUUCAAUUCUAUUGAAGCCAUGGAAGCUCUUUCUCCAUUGUUUUAUAUCUAUCACCAUUUGAUAAAUGUAUCAGGGAAGGUUGAUAUUUGUUCUUAAAAUAGAAUAAUUUCUAAAUUUUUUCUCCAAAAUUUUAUAGGGUUGUCUAACAGGGAAAUGAAUAAUGGCAAAUUUGAUCUAAAUUAGAAGAAUUUAGGAGCAACACAUGUAAUUUUCAUGGACAAUGUAGGAUUGAAGAGCAUUGCACUGCAAGAAUGGAAAUCCGCUCUCCCAUAGCUUGGCAUUUUAGAAAAGCUAAGUAAUCACUGAGAUUAUUAUCUAGUCGAUGCUUUAUUCUUGAAAUUGUCAAAUUAAAAUUUUAUAUUAAAAAUCAUUUUAUAAAAUCAUAAAAUUUAACUCCAAAAUUUGCUGACUAAAUGCAAAUAAAUAGAGAAAAUAAAAAAAAAUAAAACUGGAAGCCUCAGAUAGCCAGUCUAAAGUUGACAUCAAGGUGAAAUUCAGCCGGUAAUUCCAACUAAAUA